AUGAAGACAGUCGACGACUCCAAUGAAUCCGAAAGUACUCUAAGCAGAGACUCCCCAGACACACUAUCACCCCCUCCGUACACCGAGAUUUACGACCAUAAUUAUGAUGCUAGUCACGAUUCUGAGACUGCGGCCUCUGGCGCUGAAGGUUAUCAUAUCAGAGAACCCGCGCCUCCUGUCUACGAUUUCAAGAGACACGACUUCAAAAGAAAGCCGGUAGGCUCCGGCGCAUCAUCAAGCUCAACGUGGACUGUGAAGCUCAAUAUCGUGAUCCAAGUCGUGGGCAGCCGUGGAGAUGUGCAACCCUUUAUUGCUCUGGGCACUGAACUCCAGCGUUACGGUCACAGAGUCCGACUUGCUACCCACGACCUGUUUGCAGCCUUCGUCCGCCAAGCCGGGCUCGAGUUUUAUCCCAUAGGAGGAGACCCUGCGUCAUUGAUGGCGUACAUGGUCAAGAAUCCCAGCCUCAUCCCUUCAGUAAAGACAAUGAUGUCUGGUGAGAUCAGCCGCAAACGCCGCAUGGUCGCCGAGAUGUUAGAUGGAUGCUGGAACUCAUGUGUUCUGCCGGACCAAUUCAGUGGUGAACCUUUCGUCGCAGAUGCAAUCAUCGCGAACCCUCCUAGCUUUGCCCAUGUACAUUGUGCGCAAGCUUUGGGUAUCCCUGUCCAUCUCAUGUUCACAAUGCCGUGGACCAACACUCGCGCUUUUCCGCAUCCUUUGGCAAACUUGACUAACGUUGAUGGAAGCUAUGCAUCAGCAAAUUAUCUGUCAUAUCAUGUCGUGGAAUGGAUGACUUGGCAAGGGUUGGGUGAUGUGAUUAACGACUGGCGAGACAGCAUUGAACUGGAACCCAUCAACUUUAUGGAUGGUCCGACAUUAGCACGGAUGCUCAAAGUUCCUUUCACCUACUGCUGGUCACCAGCGUUGGUGCCUAAGCCUAGAGACUGGCCUGAGUACAUCGAUGUGUGUGGUUUCUUUUUCCGCGGUACACCUACAUACAGUCCCGAGCCUGCCCUUAUGGACUUUCUAGAUGCGGGACCUGCGCCCGUGUACAUCGGCUUCGGCAGCAUCGUGCUCGAUGAUCCUGCAAAGAUGCUAUCUAUAAUCCUUGAAGCCGUGAAAGCUUCUGGUGUGAGAGCCAUCAUCUCGAAAGGAUGGUCUAACUUUGGCGGUGAUGUGGGUAAAAGCAUAUACUACAUCGGUGACUGCCCACAUGAGUGGUUGUUCCCACGCAUGGCAGCUGUUGUGCAUCAUGGUGGCGCAGGCACUACCGCCUGUGGGCUCAAGAACGGACUUCCAACAUUGCCUCUGCCGCCACGCCAGAUGACUGCGGCCACAUUAGCUGAUGCCAUCCGUUUCCUCAUGUGGGAAGAGACAUCGGCAGCAGCGAAGACCAUCGCCAGGCGCAUGUCACACGAACAAGGAGUCCAGGCCGCUGUAAACUCUUUCCACAGGCAUCUUCCACUAGAAGCCAUGCGAUGCGAUCUUGUUCCCGACCAGCCAGCCGUCUGGACGCUCAAGUCAAGUCGCAAUCAAGUCAAGUUGUACCAAUCGAAGCCUAUUACUAUCGAGCCCGUCCGCUGGGAUGCCGUAAGCGGUGGAGCCUCUGCUUCAAUAAAGACAAUAAUGGACAUCACGGGUUGCGUGACCGGCAUGGUCACCGAUCCAAUCAAAGUAUAUCGCGAGGAAAAGCAACGAGAAGACCGAGCCAUUGCGGUCGAUGCAAUGGUCGACUCCCAACAGCUAGCUGAAACCAACAGCCAUCGGGACUCGAGCGCAAGUAUCCAUACAACCGCGUCAACGAAAGCACGCGACAAACAACCAUCUGCAGGGAGCAAAGCAGCGUUGGCAGGUGUAAAAAGCAUCGGCUGGUUGGGGCCAAAAGCCAUCAAAGGUAUGAUGGUCGAUAUACCGCUAGCCAUGGCAGAAGGCUUCCACACCGCACCUAGAUUCUACGGCGAUGAAGUUCGAGACCACGGCAAAGUGACCGGCGCUGGAAGUGGGUUUGCUGUGGCUAGCAAGACAUUCGCCUACGGCCUGUACGAUGGAAUAUCUGGUCUUGGCAUGCAACCUUACAAGGACUACAAAAAGUCAGGUGGUGUAGGCAUAGCAACCGGGCUGGGUAAAGGGCUGGCUGGUCUUGUGACCAAACCUGGAGCUGCUAUGGUCGGCGUGCUGGCGUAUCCAGCGGCUGGUAUUGCGAAGAGUGUGCGGGCUGCCGUAUACAACAAAUCGCGGAAGCUGGUUAAACUGCAGCGUAUCGCUGAAGGCGAAUGGUUGGCUGAACAUCAUCAGUGGACUGGGAGCCAGGUGGUUGCGUUGAUGGAGAAGUUUAAUGCUUUGGGAUCCAAGAAGGGUAAAGAUGCGUGCUAG